AUUGUAAAAGAGUUAUAAUGAAAAGAUCGAAUGUUAAAAGUCGCAUCAAAAAAGAUGAAUUGAAUCCUUUAUUUCAUUUUAAAGACAAAGAAGAGGAUGAUAAAGUGUUGACAAACGGAGUCAUCAAACAAGCGCUCAAAUCUGGAAAAUUGGAGCUUUCCUCGAAAAAUUUAAAGUUUGUUCCGGAGAAAGUGUGGAAUCUACGAGAAACCGGAAAAAUCAAUUCCGAUGUGUUUGAUUUGAAUCAGAAGCCUAAUGAAGAUGACUUAUGGUGGAACCAAGCAAGUCUCAAGCAUCUCGACCUGUCGUCAAAUGUUCUCACUGAAAUCUCCGGAAACAUCGGAAAUCUUUUAGAUUUGACGGUCUUAAAUCUUCAAGAUAAUGCAUUAACAACUAUUCCGCCUGAAAUUGGUUUGCUGGAGAAACUCACUCGACUAAACUUGAGUAGAAAUCGCAUUGAACAGUUACCGAGUCAAUUUUUUCGACUUCGAGAAUUAAAAUAUCUUAACUUAUCGCACAAUUCAUUGGAAGAUAUCUCAGCAGAUCUUAGUGAUUUAGUAAUGCUUGAGGUGCUCGACUUAUCUAACAAUCAACUUGAGUCACUUCCUGGUGGAAUUGGAUUUUUAACACGUUUAACCGACUUAUCGAUUCACCACAAUAAGCUACAAAAUUUGCCUAAUGACAUAACAAGUUUAAGAAACCUUCAAAAGCUUGACAUGAUGAAUAACGACAUAAAGUUCUUGCCUGAAUACAUGGGUGACUUGAGACGUAUUGAGUUCAUUUAUGCCCAACAUAACGACAUUGAUAAACUUCCGGAUUUGGAAGGAUGCGAGCAUCUUCAAGAACUUCACAUUUCGAAUAAUUUUAUCAGUGAAAUUCCAGAAAGAUUCUGCGAAAAAUUGCCAAGUUUGAAAGUGUUGGAUCUUCGCGAUAACAAAAUAGCGAAACUUCCUAAUGAAAUUUCCAUGUUGCAAAGUUUAAUGCGUCUUGACAUGUCAAACAAUUCUAUUAAUAGCUUGCCAUCAUCUUUAAGUACAUUGGCGCAUCUGGUAAGUCUUCAAGUGGAAGGAAAUCCGAUAAAAUCAAUACGACGUGACAUCAUUGCUUGUGGAACGCAAAGAAUCCUGAAGACGUUGAAAGAUCGUGAAGGAAAUGUGAACACGAUGAAAGUUACUCAGUCACCGACUAUUCCUGAGAAACUUUUUCCUGAUAUUUAUCAACUGAAGAAAACACGAAGCUUGACAUUGUGUGGCAAAAAUCUUUCCGAAAUUCCCGAACAACUUUUUAUUGAUGCUAAACAAGCUGAAAUUUCUAUCGUCGAUUUUACGAAGAACAAAUUAAAACAAUUACCUGAAGGUUUGAAACAUCUCAGUCCAAUGAUUGCCGAACUCAAUUUGAACUCAAAUUUAUUGACCGAAAUUCAACCUUUUGUGUCUGAUUUUGAUCACAUCAAAUAUUUGAAUUUAAGUUGCAAUCAUCUUGAUUCACUUCCCGAUGAAGUUGGACUUUUGAUAACUUUGCGCGAGAUAAACAUUGCCAACAAUCGUUUCAUAACAUUCCCGAAAUGCAUUCACGAGUUGAUUCAUUUGGAGAUCAUUCUUGCUUGUGACAAUAAAAUCGAAGAAUUUGAUGCAUCGGAAGAAGGUUUGGGAGCUUUGAAGCGACUUGCAACUCUUGAUUUAUCUAACAACAACAUAAAAACUGUUCCACCAGUCCUUGGCAACAUGACCCAAAUCACAACACUUUUACUUCAUGGCAACAGUUUCAGAGCUCCACGUCAUCAAAUUCUCGAAAGUGGAACUCAAAGCAUUCUUUCGUAUCUGCGUGAUCGAAUUCCCAAAGAGUUUUAAAUAUUUUUCUUGCCUUUCUUUCAAGCUGAAUAAUUGCCAAGGGAUGAAAUUUUAUUUAUGUUUUGCUUAACUUCACGUAAUGAUUUUUCCUUUUUGACAUUUAACAAAUGAAAUAUGUUAACCUUCGACAGUAAAGUUGUGAGUGAGAUUGAAAAGGUUUUGAACAAGUUAUAAAAGAAUUAUUUUUGUUAUCAUUUGAAUUGUUGAUUAUUUGAUUAAUUUUUUAUGUUACUAUUUUUUGCCAAUUUAUAUUAUAAAUGCUUCAUGAUUAAUGUUCUAUGUGCAUAAAUAAAAAAAAUGGCGACGAUCGUUUGCAAAAAUUUAUUUAUUUAAAUUUUAUCUGAUAAGAGAUUUGAUGAUGCUUGAAUCAAUUUGUGUUUUCACAUUUGAAUCUUGAAAAGGCAACAUUUAUCAAUUGAUAAAAAUAUAAUUUUUUGAUUGAAU